AUGGAAUUGAAAAUUAAGUAUGUCAUAGCUCUUCUGGUUAUUUUGCUAUUCACUUGCCUGGCCGUCGGACUGGACAUCAACAUUUGCGGCCCCCUCUUCAGCUCCAACUGCAGAUCGGACAAGGUCUACAAGCAGAUGACUGGGCUCAUCGCCACCGCCCUGGCUUUAUUCAUUAUCGGCGUUCUCCUUUCGACAGUGUCACUGAGAAAACGAAAACGGUGGAUUUCCAUUUGUGAAUUCAUCGCUGUUGCUCUGGGGGCUAUAAUGCUGCUGGCAGCGCUGUGCCUCUUUUACAAAGGCAAGCACUUCUGGGCGCCACUCAUGGCCGGAGUUGCGAUGACUUUGGCCAUGGAAACCGCUGUUUUUAUGCUCAUUGACAUGAUGGCAUGA